AUGGCGUCAAAUAAUUUUUCCCUUUCGAUACCUACAUUCAAAGGAGAUCACUAUAAUUCAUGGGCUAUCAAAAUGAAAUCAUAUUUGAAAGCUAUGAGUCUGUGGGAAACAAUUGAAAGUGAUGUUGAAUUAACCAUUCUUCCACAAAAUCCAACCGCAGCUCAAAUCAAAAAACGUGACGAGGAAGCAGCAAGAGAAGCAAAAGCACUCUCAUGUAUUCAUUCGGCGGUGUCGGAUGGAAUCUUUACAAGUAUCAUGACUUGUGAGUCACCAAAAGAGGCAUGGAGCACGUUAAAGGAAGAGUUUGAAGGAAAUGCUAAAACAAAGUUGAUGCAAGUUUUGAAUCUCAAACGAGAAUUCGAGAUGCAGCGGAUGAAGAGGAACGAAACUAUUAAGGAAUAUGUGAGUAAGCUUAUGAGCAUUGUUAAUCAAAUAAGGUUGUUUGGUGAAUCAUUUGCCAGCGAGAGGGUUGUUGAUAAAAUUCUGGUGAGUGUUCCUGAAAAAUAUGAGUCUAAAAUAUCUUCACUUGAAGAUUCCAAAGACCUAUCCAAAAUAACUCUAGUGGAAUUAGUCAAUGCUCUCAGUGCCGUAGAUCAAAGGAGAUUAAUGAGGGAGGAAGAAAAUGGAGGAAAAACUGAAGGACUCCUAUUAGCGAAAAGUUCCUUUUCAAAAGCCACAAGUAACAAAGUUCAAUGCAACUACUGUCAUAAGAUUGGUCACGAAGAAAAGGACUGCUGGAACAAAGGAAAGCCACAAUGCUUCAAAUGCAAGAGAUAUGGACACUUGGCAAAGAAUUGUAGAUUUCAAGGUGAUGAAGAAAUCAUGGCACAACUGAUGGAGGCAGAACCUCUGCUUUAG